ACUGCAAGUGAAGAUUUUAGAAAAUGCAAGCCAUUAUUGAGAAAAUGGCAAAAGGAUCUUGACGAUGAUCAAGAAGAUUUAAUUCUAGAAACUUUCGAGUCAAUUCAUCAACCAUGUCAACACCUGAAUCUCUGGACUCGAAAACUGGAAAAGCUUUGGGAUCAGAAUCAAAGUAAAAACCUGGACAAAACAUCCCAAUCGCACAAGAAAAAGGGAACAGAGAAUAUUGUUCAGGUGAUAGCUGAUGGCAUUCAGGAUAAUAUUAUUUCAGAUGAGUCUCGAAGCUUUGCUUCCUCAAAUCAUGUGACUGAAAUUUCAGCGACGGUCCUUAAUCAAAACUCUGAUACAAUCUCAUUACUCGACUUGGCACAGUUAUUUGAUAAAGCAACAAAUGCUGAAUAUUAUGCUGCAAAAACUAACCAGGUAGAAAUCUUAUGCUGGAUUAACUAUGGAAAAGAAAUCGUAAUUCAAUAUAAUGAUCUUAUAAAAAACAAUAAUGGCAAAAUUGGCGAGAAAAAGGCAAAAGUUAUAAUUAUGAUAAAAUAUUAG